CCCACUGGGGAAGGGAACUCAGAGCCACUCUGUGAAGGUUUUGCUCCAGCAGGAGCUCAGAGCUGUGAAGGUUUUGCUCCAGCAGGAGCUCAGAGCCAGUCUCUGUGGAGGUUUUGCUGCUCCUGUGUGUUCCCAGCUGGUUCCUGCUCCCAGCCCCUGGUGUUUGCUCCCCCAGGCCCGUUUUGUGCUGAUCCUGCUGGUGGGCUCCUUCGAUGUCGUGUGUGCCCUGGUGCUGAUGCAGAGCCAGUCCAUGAUGGCCUUCAGGGUGGGGGGAGCCCUGGAGAGCCUCCAGGCCCAGUACUUCAUGCUCAACCUCUGCUUCUCCAUGCUCACCUUUGAUCUGCAGGCACAGAAUGAUUCCAUGCAAUGUUUGCUCCCCCAGCUGUGCCUGUGCAUCCUCCUGAUCAGCCUGCACGAGGUCACCCUGCUGCACAACAUCCUCUCGGCCACGGGCGUGCUCUGGGGCUGCCUCAAGGUCACCGUGGGCAUCACUGCAAUUUUAAAAGAGCUGAAACCCCUGGUGUGGGUGUUCCUGGUCCAGAACGUGCCUGAGGUGCUUUAUCUCAUCUACCUGCUGUACACGGUGAUCAGGGAGUGGGGCAAAGGCAAUUCUUACACCCUGGAAGCUGCUUUCAUCACUGGCUCCUGCAUUUCUGUCACAAUCAAAUCCGUUCUGCUCUGGGCUCUGCUUCACGUCUACCGCAGCUUCGGGCAGGGGCUGAGGGAGAGAAUGUUUUCCUCCUAUGGAAGGAUCGACUCCUGAGCCCUCCCUGUGCAGCUCCCACAGAGUGAAGCCACCCCAGAGCCCCUGCCCUGCCCUCAGGGUGGCACCAAAUGUCCCUGUGCCAGGAUGGAGCAGGGACAGGAAGGUGACACUCGUGUCCUGGAGCAGUGCAGGUGGCACAGAGCUGAAAGCAAACCCUGUUUGGAAAUCGCCAGCACCUUCCACUGCUUUUCCUGCUGCUCUGGAGGCCCAGGGCUCACACACUGCUCCUUUCAGUGCUUUCUGCCUGGCAGGCACAAACAUGAAGGAAAUGUGCACUGCCACCCUGUGUACCUGAGUUCAGCAGGGCAUUGUGCUGCCCAGCUGGGAUCUGCUCAGAGCAGCCCAGCCCUGAUGCUCUGGUGGCAGUGGUGUCCCCUCUGGCUUCAGAAUAUUGCCAUUAUUUUUUUGUUGACCCCAGGUACACAUGGCAAAUGCUCCCUGUAACCAAGGUGCCACUUCACACCAGGGGACUGUUACAAUUAAGCCUUUAAUAUUGUAAUUUAAAAGUUUGGUAUUUUAUUGACUGGAACCUUUAAGUACUGGCUAUUUUGUAAUAAAGCAUAAGCACAGUU